UCCUUAGUACCCAUCUUCAUAACCACCACCAUUAUCAUCCAUCAAGAAGGAGUUUCAAUUAUCUUGCCAUCUCUCCGCCGUCGUCAGAGGAGGUUUUCGGUUUCUCGUCUUUUAACUUCCUUCUACGACGACGGUUUCAGACUUUUAGCUGAUUUCUCUCUUCUUUGUUAGAAUAACAAAACUAUAUAUAUUCAAUGGCUCGAUCUCUUUCUAACGCUAAGGUUUUCUUCUCCCUUGUUGUUGACAACAUCUCCAUGGCCUCUCAAAGGCGGGGAUACGCUGCAGCGUCACAAGGAGUAGCAGCAGUAGGAAGAGGAAGUGGGAAAUCAGGCCAAGAAGAGAGGGGACGGUCAGCAGAGAACUCAUGGGUUCCAGAUCCCGUCACUGGAUACUACCGCCCAGCUAAUCGUGCGGCUGAGAUUGAUGUUGCUGAGCUCCGCGAGAUGCUCCUCAAGCAGAAGAUUAGAUCCCAGUAGAUUUCGAAAUUUUGAACAAUUUUAAAACAUGUAACAAACGAACCAAAAGGACAGUAUAAUAUAUGAUCAAUGAUGCCGUUUACGGUUUCAUAAUGGACCGUCGGUGAGAUUAUUGGGUUGCCAAAAGAAUCAUAGAGGAAUUGUGUGCUUUUGUUAUUCGUAACUAUUAUUUCUUGAUUUGUUCUUUGAGUGACAUCGAAGUUAUGAACGGUUGUUUAUUAAUCAGAA